AACAAUGGACGACUGAUAACAGAUUGCCAACGGUUUCCUCGAAUACAACAAAUUAGGUGUCAAAACUUAUGAACUAAACAGAGUAACAUAAAAAAUGAAGCAAAAUUCGAGAAAAUAUUUUCUUUAUUUGUCAGCAACAACUGCAAACUUAUUAGCUUUCACCUGUGGCAUUGCAUAUGGAUGGAGCUCUCCGGCUAUACCCAAAAUGAACGGCAGCAUAGACCCCAACGAUCUUCAUUUAACUUAUCCAAUCAAUUCUUCAGAAGAAUCUUGGAUUGUCAGUUUGCUUUCAAUCGGGGCAAUUAUCGGGCCGAUUUUUGCCGGAAAGUUAGCUGAUAAACUGGGCAGAAAAAAAACUUUGAUUGUAUUAGUGUGUCCCAUUCUUGCCGCAUUCCUCAUGAUGGCGUUUGCAAAAACUGUUAUUGAAUUUUACUUUGCAAGAUUUAUCAUGGGUCUGGAUGUAGGGAGUGUCUUCAUGAUUCUUCCCAUGUACUUGGUAGAAAUUGCUGAAGACCAUAAUCGAGGAACAUUAGGUUGUCUAAUGGGUGUCUUCCUUAGUUUAGGGACGCUCUUUGCUUACUUAACUGGACCCUAUUUAAGUGUCCAAAACUUUUGUUUAGUUUGUACCGUUCCUAUGUUAAUUUUUCUUCCGCUUUUUUCGGUAUGGAAUCCUGAGUCUCCACAAUAUUUGGCUGCUAGAAAUAACCCGGAACAGUUGAAAACAUGUUUGUCAAAACUGCGGAACCAACCUGUGGAAGCGGUUGAAAAGGAAAUAGUUAGUAUGACUCACAUGAUUCAAGAACUUAAUCGAAACAAAGGUGGUAUAAAAGAACUCUUUUCCGCCAGAAACUUAAGAAAGGGUUUGAUAAUUAGUGUUGUUUUAAUUAGUUUGCAACAGUUCUCUGGCAUUAAUGCCGUACUCUCAUACAUGCAGACAAUUUUUAGUGCAACACAAAGCGAACUUUCUCCAGAAAUUUCGUCACUAGUUGUCGCUAUAAUUCAAGUUUGUGUCACACUUUUAACAUCUGUACUUGUUGAUCGAGUGGGAAGAAAAGUUCUUUUGUUGACUUCUUUGACUGGUUCGGCUAUUUCUUUAAUAGCACUAGCAACAUAUUUUUUCCUGUUAGAUAACCAUUUCAAUGUCAGUGCUCUUUCUUGGCUUCCUGUGUUAAGUUUGGUUGUGUUCAUUAUUAGUUACAAUUUAGGUUUAGCAAGUGUUCCAUGGGCGGUGAUUGCUGAAAUAUUUCCUCCUAACGUUAAAUCACUGGCUUUAACAUUAACAACAGUUGUCUGUUUUAUUGGUGCUUCCAUUAUAACCCUGUAUUUUCCUAGUAUGGUCUCAUUUUUUGGAAUGGCUAGCUCGUUCUGGAUUUUUGGAGGCGUUUGAAUCUUUGGUUGUGUAUUUGUUUUCUUCAGGUUAUUAGAAACUAAAGGAAGAAGUUUACAAGAAAUUCUGAAUUUAUUAGGAAAUAGUAGAUAAUAUUUAGUUAUUUUUUUGCAGUACUGUGAUCAGUUAGUUAAAUUCAGUUAAAUUAAAGUUAAAAAAAAUAAA